UUUCCCACUUGGUGCCGCUACAGCAGUGUAUUAAUCUUUACCACACGAAGAAGAAGUUGGUUUCUGUGAUUAUGGCGGCUGUCAUGAGAAGCGGGUUGGUAACAUUGAUCAAGGGUGUGAGUGGCGUUCAUUGGCAGCAGCUUGCCACUCGACCACUGAGCACAUCUGCUGUUCACUUAAGUUCAGAAGUGCCACCCGCUCGUGCUGAUGCAACAUUUAAGGUCACGAUGGUUCCAGGAGAUGGUGUUGGACCUGAGCUGAUGUCUGCUGUCAAGGAUGUGUUCAAAGCAGGAGAUGUCCCUGUGGAAUUUGAAGAGUUCCACUUGAGUGAAGUACAGAACAUGGCCAGCGAGGAGAAGCUGGACCAAGUGUUGACCUCUAUGAAGAGCAACAGAGUCGCAAUUAAAGGAAAGAUCCACACACCCAUGGAGUUCAAAGGUGAAUUGGCUUCAUAUGAGAUGAGACUGAGGCGUAAAUUGGACCUUUUUGCCAAUGUGGUUCAUGUGAAUAGUCUGCCAGGCUAUACCACGCGCCACAACAAUCUGGACCUGGUUAUCAUCCGAGAACAGACUGAGGGAGAGUACAGCUCCUUGGAGCAUGAGAGUGUGACAGGUGUGGUUGAAUGUCUGAAAAUCAUAACCAGAGAGAAGUCGAGGCGUAUUGCCAAGUUUGCCUUCGAUUAUGCUACAAAGAAAGGACGAAGCAAGGUCACUGCUGUUCACAAGGCCAAUAUCAUGAAGUUAGGUGAUGGCCUUUUUCUGCAGAGCUGCGCAGAAGUGGCGCAGCUUUAUCCAAAAGUAAAAUAUGAGAACAUAAUCAUCGAUAACUGUUGCAUGCAGUUAGUCCAGAACCCAUACCAAUUUGAUGUGCUGGUAAUGCCGAAUCUGUAUGGUAACAUUAUUGAUAACCUGGCAGCAGGACUGGUGGGAGGGGCAGGUGUUGUGCCUGGUGAAAGCUACAGUGCAGAAUAUGCCGUAUUUGAGACGGGUGCACGCCAUCCCUUUGCCCAAGCAGUAGGCAGGAACAUUGCCAACCCCACUGCCAUGUUGCUGAGUGCUGCCAACAUGCUCCGACACCUCAACCUGGAUUAUCACUCCCAAAUGGUGUCGGAUGCUGUCAAAAAGGUCAUCAAACAGGGGAAGGUGCGCACUGGAGACCUUGGGGGUUAUGCCACAAGCGACGAGUUCACACGAGCUGUCAUCGCUAACCUGGCUGCCUAAUCAUUCAGUCGCUGGCAAAUCUUGUCAGCUACAAAGACACAUGCUUAUGAAUUGGCUUCUUGUGGACCUCAUCUCUCUGCUGGACAGGCUCACACCAUUAUCAUAGAUAAGACGCUGAAACGCACAACUGUAAUGGGCAACUAUCCAAAAAGACUUUUAGAAAAGAAAGAUUUUUAUUUGAGCAUGAAGUAUUUUAGGCUUUAUUGCUGUCAUUCCUACUUGAAUGUCCUGAGUGUGGACAGCAUUAUUAAAUGUCUUUAAUCAAUUCAGAUUAUUUAUUCCAUCAGAUAUUAUGUUAUAGUGCCUAUUUAUUAUAAUGUGUGAAUAAUAAAAUAAGAUGAAAUAUGACAAGCGG